CGCGCGGCGCGUCUCCGUUAUCAGCAAUAUUUGGUGAAGAUGAGACGAAGAUGAGGCUGCAUCGUCUCCAGCACCACGCACAAUGGUCCGCAUCACGACGUGGAAUGUCAAUGGCAUCCGCAAUCCAUUUGGCUACGAGCCAUGGCGCAAGAACCGCACCUUCAAGGCCAUGUUCGACAUCCUCGAGACCGACAUCGUUAUUAUGCAGGAGCUGAAGAUCCAGCGCAAAGACCUGACUGACGAUAUGGUUUUGGUGCCAGGCUGGGACUGCUACUUCAGCCUGCCCAAGCACAAGAAAGGAUACUCUGGUGUUGGAAUAUACACUCGUCAAUCCAUAUGUGCACCUAUCCGCGCCGAAGAAGGCCUUCUUGGAGUUCUCUGCCGGCCUGGGUCAUCGACACCCUACCGGGAACGACCUGAAUCAGACAGCAUUGGGGGCUAUCCAUCACUGGCACGCAUUGAGGCACUGGGAGUCGAUCCAGCCGCCCUCGAUGCAGAAGGUCGAUGCCUCGUCCUCGAGUUCCCCGCAUUCGUACUCUUUGGUGUCUACAGCCCCGCCAACAGCAAUGGCUUACGUGACGACUUUCGUUAUGGAUUCCUCGACAUGCUGGACACACGAAUACGGAACCUCACGAAAAUGGGCAAGAACGUCAUCUUGACUGGCGAUUUGAACGUUUCCCGCGACCUAAUCGACACAGCGAAAGCGGAAGACAACAUGAAAGCGGAGGGCAUGACCUACAGCGAGUAUCUCAGCACACCAAACCGUCGAAUCUUCAACCAGCUCCUAUUCAAUGGCAAAGUAGUGGGCGAGCGAGAUGAUGGAAGAGAAGAGCCUGUUCUGUACGAUCUUUGCCGCGAGUUCCACCCAGAUCGCGAGGGUAUGUUUACGCAUUGGGAGCAGAAGAUCAAUGCUCGGCCGGGCAACUUUGGCUCGCGAAUCGACUUCGUGCUGUGUAGUAUCAAGAUCAAGGACUGGUUCAAGGAAUCGAACAUCCAGGAAGGCUUGAUGGGCUCAGAUCAUUGCCCAGUGUACGCGGUGACAAAUGACAAGGUGCUGGGAAUGGGCAAUGCUACACAAGAAGGUGCGGAAGACCAAGAGCACCACAUACUCGAUAUCAUGAACCCUCCUGGAAUGUUCAGAGGCGGCGUACGGUUGAGGGAAUACAGCGCAACCAAAGACACUCCACCGCUUUCAGGCAAGCUACUUACCGAAUUCAACAAACGACAGAACAUCCGUGACAUGUUCAGCAAGAAGCCUGCGGUUCCGAAGUCUGCAAACGCACUUGCAUCCCCAUUAACCAAGGCGACAUUGGAAGGGGCCGCGGAUAUCUCGCCAAUGCAAGGAGCAGACAUAGGACCCGAACUGGCGGGAGCGACAAACGCUUUGUUUCCUGCGAACGGUCAAAUCGUGUACGCCACGAGCCCACUCAACUCGCCUGAGAAGCGGUGCGCAUCUGCAUCGGCAUCACCAAACAAAUCGAUCAAGCGAUCCAAAACAUCCAACCCGGCCCCAAAUCCUAAUGCAUCCUCGCUUGCCAAGGGUCAGCAGUCGUUGAAAGGAUUCUUCCAAACACGUUCCAAAGUCCCCGGACCCAACCUUGCCGCAACCACCGUGCCACCAUUGACAUCUUUGACACCUGACAAUGGUGAUGCAAGCUCGCCGUCGACUUCCCUCAAUUCCUCCGCGGAUGUCAGAACCGAAACUACCCCACCACCAGCGGCUUCACCGGCAACAUCCGCCAGUCAGACCACCACGUCCCCAUUCUUGGUCUGCGAUCCCGGUGCGGUGCAGCAAGCUUCAAAGGAAGGAUGGACGAGGCUGUUCUCCAAGCGGCCGCCGCCCCGAUGCGAAGGCCAUGCCGAGCCGUGCAUUAGCCUCACGACCAAGAAGCCUGGCAUCAACCGCGGAAGGCAGUUUUGGAUGUGUCCAAGACCCAUAGGCCCUUCCGGACAGAAAAUCUCGGGCACACAGUGGCGCUGCGGAACGUUUAUCUGGGCGAGCGAUUGGAAGAGCGGCGAUUGAGGCGUGGGUACGCGAUGCGAACGGUAUCCACUUACAGCAGAGUUGAGCAUCCUUCGAGCAAGGGUACGGUUAUGGGCGGCUAAGCUCCGAGCGUGACUUAGCUGGGUGCCUGAUGGAGGAACUUUGGCGUAGGGAAGGUAUGGGGUGGAGGGUUGUGCGAGGGCAGGCAUGAUGAACGAAAGCUGGGGGACGAUCAUACUACAGUUACCUGGAGCUUGUAUCGUAGACAAUGUAGG